AUUCACAUGGCACUUUUAUAGCUAGCAUUGCAAGGUAUUUACGUGCCAGUUAUGCUAAACAUUCAUAUGUCCCUUCAUGCUUCAACCACCAUUCCAGAAGACAUGCUGCCAUGCUGAUGAUGCUCAUUUAAAAAAAAAAAAAAAAAAAAAGCAUUAAUUACGUUUGUGACUGAACUCCUUGGGGGAGAAUUGUAUGUCUCCUACUCUAUUUUACCCACAUUCUGCCAUAUAUUUCAUGUUAUAGCAGUCUUGGAUGAUGACCCAGCACAUGCUGUUCAUUUUAAGAACACUUUCACUGCAGAUUUAACAAAACACAAAGAAGGUACCAAUGUGAGAUUUCUAAAGAUCACUACAUCACUCGACCCAAGGUUUAAGAAUCUGAAGUGCCUUUCAAAAUCUGAGAUGAACAUGGUGUGGAGCAUGCUUUCAGAAGUCUUAAAAGAGCAACACUCCAUGCGGAAACUACAGAACCCGAAACACCAAAAAAGAAAAUCAACCUUUCUGCUGGUGGCGUCUGACUCAGAUGAUGAAAAUGAACGUGCGUCGGACCGCACUGCUUUAGAUGGUUAUUGAGCAAAACCUGUUAUCAGCAUGGACGCAUAUCUUCUGGAAUGGUCGUUGAAGCAUGAAGGGACAUAUGAAUCUUUAGUGCAUCCUGCACAUAAAUACCUUGCAAUGCCGGCUACAACGGUGCCAUGCGAAUGCCUGUUCUCACUUUCAGGUGAUAGUGUAAACGAGAAGCAGGCAGCAUUAUCUCCUGCAAAUGUAAACAAACUUGUUUGUCUUAGCGAUUGGCUGAACAAGAAGUAGGACUGAGUGGACUUGUAGGCUCUAAGGUUUUACAUUGUUUUAUUUUUGAAUGCAGUAAUUUUUUGUGCAUCAUUCUACCUUCGUAAGUUCAACUUUCAUGAUAAAGAGAUUGCACUACAGUACUUGUAUUAGAUGAACUGAAAAAUAUUUUUUACGGUGCAAAUAUUUGUAAUCAUAAAUAAAUAUAAAGUGAGCACUGUAUUCUGUGUUGUAAUUGAAAUCAAUAUAUUUGAAAAUGUAGAAAAUAUCCAAAACUAUUUAAAUAAAUGGUAUUCUAUUAUUAACAGUGCGAUUUAUCGCGAUUAAUUUUUUUAAUCGGUUGACAGCCCUAAUAUUUUUGCUUCAGUGGAAGGAUGUGUUUGUGAGAGAGAAAGAGAGAGAGAGAGAGAUUAGACACGUACACACUUCACUUCCAUUGAAGCAUAGAUAGUAUAAUUAUUCGCAAUAUAGAAAAUCCUAAUACAAUUAGGUGCUGACCCAAAAUCCAAGGGUCCUUGCAAGGACAGCGCUUUGAGUUUAAAAUGACAGCAGAAUAAGAGAAAUUCUGGAUUACUGGUAAUAAAUUAUCUACAUUUAACACAAUUUCUAUAUGCUGGGCCAGAUUCCCCUCUGAACUACAGAAUUACAAGCCCUCUUAAACUCAAUAGUAUUCCACCAGUAUAAAUGAGAGAAGAACAUGGUCCCCUCUCAUGGUGACAGGUGCUCUUUGAAAACGCCAGAUUGCAAUGCAGAAUACCAUACCACUUUUGCUAAAAUAUCCCCUCCUCUUGAGAUUUUAUAUUUGUUAAUGGAUUAUACAACAGUUGGUCUUUAAAUUUCUCUCUCUCCUUCCUUUCCUUGGCCACAUGCAAGUGGCCUCCUCACUCCACACUUUACUGUUGACAUUCUUAAUAUCAUUGUGACAAAUUGAGAUACCCUUAUUCACAUUGAAUAGCACCAUUCUGCAUGAACACUCUCACUGAAGUCUGUAGGACUAGUUGUAGAGUUUGCAACCUGAGUACAACAUUAUUAUUAGUAGCCUUCCAUGAUUUCAGUUUUUGUGAGUUUGCUAGCAUCACUUCCUUGUCAGGUUUAACACAUCUUCCCCCAGAAUCUUCUUUUCCCAUUUAUACCUGCCCAACUCUCUGAAACAGACUAUUUUUGUCACUGAUUUUUCCUACCCUUUAUUACUUAAAUUUAUUGCUGAACAUUAGGGAUCCAACUUUUCAUGAAAAACAAAAAUUAAAAAGUUAAUUCCAAGACAUUUAUAUUUCCUUAAAUAAUUUUAAAAGAAAUUAGUUUGUGCCAUGUAUUAACCCCUUUUCAUGUCAGUAUUGCCAGGUUUUAGUCCUUGUGUAACGCACUUGAACUUGGUGCUAAUCACACACAGGAUCUAAUUUAUAUUUAAAAAUAAAUCAUUCCUUUUGAAUGGCACACUGGUAGGCCUAAAGAAAUUAUGUGACUUCCAAUAUAAACUCUUGCAUUCCAAAGUCAAAACACAACUAAUAUAUAAUCUCAGCUAUCAGGAGGUGUUUAAGAGGCAAGACUGUUCAAACUUUGCCCAAUCAAGAGCUGCACUAGCAGCUUACUGGAGCCAGAGAGACGUGCCUAAGUUACAUGAACAUUGUAGCCACCAUUAUUUUAAAUGCAGAAAUGUAACCUUCACAGAUCUAUUUAGAUCAAACUGGAGCACUACACCCUGGGAUUUGUAGUAUGCAAAGGCCUUUCUUCUUAUAUUGAAGUUGAGGGCAGCUUUAGGCUGAAUUUUAAAACUCAAAGGUAUGUCUAUAGUGCAAUUAAACACCCGCAGAUGGCCCAUGCCAGCUGACUCAGGCUCGCAGGGUUCAGGCUAAGAGGGUGUUUAAUUGCAGUGUAGACGUUUGGGCUUGGGUUGGAGCCCAGGUUCUAGGACCCCACUAUGGGGUAGGUCCCAGACCUCAGGCACCAGCCUUAGCCCAAACUGCACUUAAACACUGCCUUAGCCUGAGCCCGCAAGCCUGUUUCAACUGGCACGGGCCCACUGCAGGUUUUUUAUUGUAGCGUAGACAUACCCAAAGUGUUCACACAUUGGGUCUACAAACCACAUUUUGACUACUCCUGAUUUAAGACUCAGGAUAUCCAAAAUGAUAAGUGGCCUUGUGAGCUGCAUAUGCCCAUAUGCAUAUGCCCAUAGAAGUUUGCAUGAAACUGUUCUGGUCUCAAUUUUCACAUAUUUAUUUAUUUUACAUAGCACUCUAUACAAAUAAUCUCUAAUAAAGAGUUAAUGCUGCACAUAUAUGGUAUAUUAAACCUAUUUGUCCCCUAAUAGAAAAAAAAAAUAAUAUACCUUGAUGGUCACUUUUGUAUCUAUUUACUUUUCUACUCAAUAAAAGUGUGUUCUCAAAGUUUCUCUGCCUCAGCUGGCACAAAGUCUACUUGGCUAUCUACAUUACUGUUCUCUUGUUUAACAUUUUAUGGGAAAGAAUUUUUGCAAUUAAACACAAGUUUUUAUACUUUUCAUAAGUUUGGUUUUUCAACUUAGAAUUUUCUCUUUCAUAUAAUUAUUUUUGGUUAACAACAAUAAGAACUGAAAUCCCAUUCUCAGCAUCUUUAGACUGUAGGUUUGGAUCAACCCAAAUUCCAUUGCAGGCUAGAAUACACAGUUGAACAGAAGGUAGUGGGCACUGGGUGUUACAGAGUUCUUAGUCUAGUAAACUAAUGGACUUGCCUGAAAAUCUAAAGUUUGGGAAUCACAGGCUAUACCAAAUGAUCCUACGUUCACAGGGGAUGACCAAGGAUCUUGACUAGAGAUGAAAUUCUGCCUGCACUGAAUCAAUAGGAGAUUUGGCAUUGAUUUCCAUGAGGCCAGGAUUUCACACUAGGUCUGCUAAGUAUGAAUUUGUGAAAAUGAGAUGGUAAUUACAGCCAGAUAAACUAGGCUUUUAUCCCAGGAAAAAUAGUACAUUAAAUAGUUUAUUAGGGAUGAAGUGGUGUAAUACUCACUGGCAUGGAUUCACUAAAAAUUAACCAUGUCCUAUAAAUCUGAUCAAUUUAAUAGAAAGAACAACAAAGAGGGUAGUUCAGUCUGAAAAUUUCAGUUUGGGGUUUUAUCACACAAGCAGCUGUUGAACAAGAUAAUAAAUAUGGAUAUAAUUAGAAAUAAAGUUAAAAACGUCAGGAUCAGUGCUAAAAAAAGUAAGCUGAAUUAAUAAGUGGUUGGCAGACAGCUGUCAGAAUUAUACAUGGGGCCCAUAUCCACUAAAAAUCACAAUUAAAUUAGAUAAAAAUUACAGUAUCAAAUUUAUUAUUUUAAUUUUUAAUUCAAUAAAAACCUAUUUGAAUGUUUUCCUGUGCAAUCCAAGUUGCAGAAUUUCCAGCUUGCAACAGAAUUGAGCUCUUGUGUGCCUCAAAUGUAAUCAUUAUAAUUCAUAUAACCCCAACAGUGUGUUUUUACAGACAAGUAAUAUACAAGAACUUACAGACAAGGGAAAGAACGCUUUAAUUUUCAAUGUCAGCUCCACAAGGGUAUAAUAGCAAGUGAUGCAAGUUUGAAAACAAAAUACUCGUUUGUAGCUGUAAUGGGAUGUCUAUAAUAUAUAACUAAACUAUUGUUGUAUGUAAAGUAAACAAGGUUUUUAAAAGGUUUAAGAAGCUUCAUUUAAAAUUAAAUUAAAAUGCAGAGCCCCCCAGAACGCUGGCCAGAACCCGGGCAGUGUGAGUGCCACUGAAAAUCAGCUCGCGUGCUGCCUUUGGCACGCGUGUCAUAGGUUGCCUACCCCUGUGCUAGACCAUAGACACCAGAUUGGUCAUUUCCUAAGAAAUUUCUGCUCCUACACUCCCUUGUGUGUUACAUGCUAUCAAUUCUGUUCUCUCUCUCUCAUCAUCCUUUUGCCUUCUUUCUAAUUGUUUCUAAACUUGACCACUUUUGGAAUUAAUUUAACUUUAUGAUUUCACCAUCAUAAGCAGCAUGACAUGCUCUGAUAGCAACCGGCCUUUUUUCAGCAUAAAGAAAAACCAGUGGGAGGAGACCAGAGAAUGCCAACUGGAUUUCCUCUUGGACUGGAGAACUAAAUCAUAGUCUACAGACUAAAGUAUACCUGUUUGUAAUCAACAUGUCUGCAUACUGUAUCCUGCCUCACCCACAAAUAAAGCAGUAUAUGGCAGAAGGUUUUUCUCUCGUCUCUUCUUUUGCAUGUUUGUCUGAAGAGCAGGAAUAGAUCUUUUAAAAACAUCUGUUAAGACAAAACCCAAGAGUGGAUUGAAUCUUCUCUCAUUAAGAUAACUUUUAGUAAGAGCAGGAAACUGUUUAAACUAUGUUUUCCCUCUGAAGGAUUUUGCUGAAUAUAGUUUAAAAAUUUGCCCCAAAUGAAUAAUCAUUUAACUUUUCAAUUCCAAGUCUUUAUAUUUUCUGUUUUGUUUCUUUUUGUUAUGUGAAUGUAAUAAAUGCUCAAAAGAAUUUUUAUGCUGUGUUUGCCCUAGUAAAAACAGGAUAGAGUCCCUUUACAGAAAAUUCAUGGAUCACAAUUAAUUAUUUUAAGUGGAUGUCUUUCUAAAAGAUAUGCUAUAGCUCAAACAGAAGUUAUGGGCUUAAUGCAGAAACUACUAGGUGAAGUUCUGUGACCCAUGCUAUGCCGGAGGUUAGAGUAGAAAAUCAUACUGGUCCCUUCCAGCCUUAAAAAAUUAUGAAUCUAUGUUAUAACAACAGUAAAAGGAGAAUUCUAGUAAUGCAUAUGAGCCUGUUGCCUAUACUUAUGUGGAAACAUGGAAUUAAUCAGUGAAAGUCUGGGACACAUGCAUUGUGGCAGAAAUACUGUUCUCUAAAGACCCAGGUCCAUGGAUCCAUCACUGUUGAUUAAGAUUUCAGAACAGAAAGAUAUUUCAGUGAAACUUAACUGCAGUUUUGACGUGAACUUAGUAGUUAAAAUCUUGUGCUUAUCUUGUGAAAUACUUUUAUUUGUAUCUCCCUCUAGUGUGAAAAGACUCAAGACUUAAUGGAACAACUGGAAGCUCUUCAAAUAAUUUCUCAUGUUAAACAUCUACAAGAGGAUCUCUACAGCAUGAAAACAUGGUUUAAGAGCAUAAUCCAAAAAAAAGAAGAACUGCAGGAAAACUUAACAACUCUUUUUCAUGCAGUUGUAAAAGUUGAGCAGAGUACAGCUUCUAUAGCAAAAGAUGUAUCUCUAAAGAUUGCAACAGUAAAAACUGACAUAAGACGCAUUUCAGGUCUAGUGUCAGAUGUGACCUCAUUGACUGAUUCUCUGCAAGCACUAGAAGAUAAAGUAGAUAAAGCUGAAAAGAAGACAGUACAAAAUAUAGGUGAUCUACUUACAAGUAGCAUUGACCGUACUGCAAAGCUACGAAGUUUUGCCUCUGAUAACGCAAAAAGAAUUGAGCAGAUUAAAAUCACACUGUCUGACUUGAGAGGUGAUUUCAACAAACAUUCAGAUAGGCUUUUAAAUCUGGAAAGUAACAGAGCAAAAGUUCUAAAGACAGUUACAUUUGCAAACGAUUUAAAACCCAAGGUGUACAACUUGAAGAAGGACUUUGCGCGUUUGGAACCAAUGAUAAAUGAGCUAACAUUAAGAAUAGGAAGGUUGGUUGAUGAUAUAUUACAAAGAGAGAAAGAAAUUGUUUUCUUGAAUGAAAAACUGUCCAAUUUAACUACAGUUCAGACUGAGAUCAAGGAUAUGAAAGAUGAAAUAACCAAGAUUUUAGAUAUGAAUUAAUUACUUUCUGAAACUAUAGAUGGCCUAAAAUGCUGUAGCAUUUGAAGAGCGAUAACCUAAUCAAGCUUGGUACUAAGACACUGAAAGGGACAUUUAAAGGCUUCUUUUCAAAGCAUACUGAAACAAAUCCUCCUUCUUUUGAAGAGAGACAAAAGUCCCAUUUACAUAAGAGGGACCCGGAUCAGGUUCUUCAUUAGCAAAGCAGUGUUUUUUUCCAUUAACUAUUUGUUUUGUAUAACUAAAAUAGAAUAUUUUUACAUAAUUUUAAAAAUGUAAACGAUUUAAUUGCUAUUUUUGUUCUUACCUACAAGUUUGCUUUCUUGUCUCAGAUAGGCCUACAGAUUUGACAAGUGGGCCUUCAACCUUCCCUGCUGCUUUGAAGUCAGGGAUAAAAUUGUGGAUUCCAGAUUCAGGCUUAAACACAAGUUCACAAAACUGCAGCUUCAUUUGAUGUUCCUCUCAAAUAAAUAUCAACCCCAAGAUUUU